GAAGAUCAGUAGGAGACAGGCGUUUAAAACUGCGGUGACAGCUUUUGCUGUAUGAAGAAAACAGUUAGGUUGCAGGUCCGACCUUUAACAGGAAAUGGCAACUUCCGCACCCUACAUGAACAACUGUGCUCUUAAGACCGUGUGAAGACGCAUAUGAUUUACAAACAGCAGGAAAAAGAAGCAUUAUAAAAUACUGAUUUUGUUUCUAGAGUUUUGGAGUUUUGAUGAAUCGAUUGUGGAGUAUCUCUCAUGUGAAGGGUGUAUGUCAGAAACAACUGUAAAGAGAGCGACAAAACAUGGUGCCUGUCCAAGAUGGGGCAUCUACACAAGGGGAAAACCUGCUGCUUCCCCCUAAAGAGACCCACACAGAAAGUGCAGGGUCCAAUAGAAUCCGACAGAGACAGUCAUCCCCUGCAAGAAAAUUAGGCAUGACCAGAAAACCGAGGGUUUUCAAAGAGACUGAGAACCCGGAGGAGAUUGAGAGAAAACAUAAAGAGAAAGAGCUGAAGCCGCUGUACAAGGAGCUUCUGUACACGAUCACUCAUCGCUUGGGAAGAUCGCACACAAAAGAACAAUACAGUGACAAGCAGUUACAGGAUUACGUCAAAGAGUCGUUUUCCAUGACUGACGAAGAGCAUAAAACCUUGAGUGAGAAAGUCCAAAGUUCACUGGCCCCAGUCUACUGUGUGAUGGUUAAUGUAAAGCAAGCCAAAGGAAUUCUGGGGAAAGAUAUUAGCGGAUUUAGUGAUCCGUACUGCCUGCUGAUGAUCUUAAAUGAAGGUAAAGACACUCACGGUGGUGGAUCUUCUCAAAAACCUCAGAAGGCAGUAGUUCGAGACUCAGUUGAGGGACAGGAGUUCCAGACGACCAUUAAAAUACAGACGCUUAACCCCAUCUGGGACGAAACCUUCAAACUGGGGUUUAAAGACUUAUCAAGUGCCAGCUUUUACAUUGAGAUGUGGGACAAAGAUGAAGAGGUUUCCCUUGUGCAAAAAUUAGAUGAGUUUCGCACAAACAUUCAUGGACUUAAAAGGAUGCUAAAAGAUGCAAAAAAAGAAAAAGGUCAGGAUGAUUUUUUGGGGAAUAUUUUUCUAAAAUUAAAGAACCUGCACUGCACAGAAGACUCGUGGUAUAUCCUAGAGCCCCGAACAGAGACAUACCCAGACAGAGGACAAUGCCACCUUCAACUUAAAUUCAUUCAUAAAGAGAAAGAUGAUAGCCUGAGUGCUGGACGGAGUCCUUAUGUGAACUACUGUGGCAUCCUGCAGCAGUUUGUUCAAGCUCAUAUCUCUAAACAACAGGACAGUACCCCGUGGAAAGGAGAUCUGUGUGGGCAGGGAACUGCGCUGCUCGAGUACUACGCCACGCAGAAUGAAAUCUCACCCUUUCUUCAAGAUCUGGCGAAGUGGGUGGCAUACAGUAAACUCUACCAGAGCCUGGAGGUGGACUCAACCGUACUUUUCCAUCAGCUAACCAGUAUAGAAUAUCACUGGGACCAGCAAGAACUUCCCUAUCUGCAGAAGCAGGAGUUAGGUGAUUCUCUGCACGGCUUUCUCCAGUAUGGGCUCUGCUUAGUGUCCAAAUACAGAGACAUCUUUCCUCCAACCCCAAAAACAACACCACGGCUACAUACAUUGCUUAGAGUUCUUGUACAGAUUUGUAAGACUCGAGCUUUUCAGAAUCUCAAUCCCGCACAGUUUGACUUGCACAUUGAGGUCGCAGACGCUGUUGCUACUGGUACAGUAGAAUGGUUCAACAUCAAAAAAGGUUUACAUCAACCCAUGACCAAGGAUCUGUUAGAGACAGUCAGCGCCCUCUCUCGGUUGAUUGGAGAAAUGCAGGAAGACAUUCGGCUCAGUAAAGAUGUCUGGAACAAGGUGUUUGUAAGUGCUGUGCAGUUGGACGUUUUUACUGUAGUUUACCAGAAGCUGGACUCCUUGUUGGCGGAUGAGUUACGAGCGACUCUCUCUCAGUUGGAGAAUCAAAUGGAUCAGCCGCUGGCAAACAGUUUGUUUACUGUUUAUACGACUUUACAGGCGAUACACAAAGAGAAAGCCUAUUUACAAAAAAGGGCGAAAGUGCUGCAGCUCUCGAGUUUUCAUGAGGACUUUAGAGAUGCUCUUCCAUACUGGUUAAAUAAAGCCUUUAGCACCACAAUGGAGAGGGUGGAAAAGGCUGUACAGGUGGAUCAGUUGCUUCCGAUGCAGACCGGAGCAGCACCCAUCAAGCACAGCUCUUCUGCGGUGGACAUCGCAGCGUGUUUGCAUCCCAUCGCUCAGCUGUGGGAACAGUUAAGCUGGCCUGACCCAGAAGAGGCUUUCAUGCUUAUGGUCAAACUCACAGAGGAUGUUUGUAAGAUCGCUUCAACAUACUGCCAGAUGCUGAAAGCCCGUGUGAAGGAGCUCUCCGUGGACUCGGAUCACGGCAGUGCUAUCAACAUGCUGUGUGUAGUGGUGAACGAUUUGGAGCAUCUGCACACGGUUUUGAACCAUCUGCCAAAGAAGCUCAACUGGGAGGGGCUUCGGGAACGUACGCAAAACGUGAUUGGAGAAACCCAGUUUCAGAACACGCUUCCGUCCCAGCUACAACACACACAGUCUGCCCUCAACAGAGAGAUUCGCUCGGCCGUCGACACACUUGGGAAGAAGUUAAAGAGAGACAUAGAGUCACAUGUUCGCAACAUGGCUUCACGUCAGAGGCUGCCCUCCAGAACUACAGAGCAAGCUGUGGUUCCUUUAAUGAAAUAUCUGGAGACAGAACUCAAGUAUAUGAAUGAGAAUUUGGUUCAAGAGAAUUUCAACAGUCUUCUUACUCCAUUGUGGGUGAACUCUGUUAAGAUUCUGCAUCAGAUAUCACAGCAAGAAGACAGUAAUGUGGUUUACUUCCAGAGGUUAUUGUACUCGCUGGAGUGUUUAGAACAGUGUUUUCAUGCUGACGGGAACGGACUUCCUCUAGAGACACUACAUACUGAUGAAUAUAAGAUACUGCGAACACUGCUAACACAAAACUCUUUAAGCUGUAGCCAGCUGAUAGAGAAAUUCUUCGAGAGGAAAGUGUGGGAGCAGAAAGUGUUUACCGGAGAGAAAUAUGGAGCCGUCACUCUUAUCACCUCAUAUAGACGCUCAGAUAAGAAACUGCAUGUGGAGGUUCUGAAUGCUGUUAAUCUCAUUCCUCUCGACUCUAAUGGUUCCAGUGACCCGUUUGUUCAGCUGUCUCUCGAACCAAAGCACGUGUUCCCCGAGGUAGAGUCACGCUCAACCAAGAUCAAGAACUGUGAUCUCAACCCAUUGUUUGAAGAGUGCUUUGAAUUUCUCAUUACAUUAGAACAGUGUCAGUCUCCAGGGGCUUGUCUGCUGGUGACCGUACUGGACCAUGACACCUUGAGGAGCGAUGAUUUUGAAGGAGAGGCGUUCCUCUCUCUCAAGGCGGUGCCGGGAGUUGGGGGAGGAGACAAUAAUCCUACACCCGCUCGGAUCCGCCUGCCUCUGAUGCAUCCUAAACCCAACAGCGAAAAUAUCCUGAAGUUACUUGAGGCCAGAAAAGGCGAGAGAGGCGCUCACGCUUUCGUUAAGCUACGCAGACAGAGAGAAAAGAAGUCUCAAGAAACUUAAGAACAAAAC